AUGGAGGCACAACUCGAUAAGCUACGCGCAUUGAAUGCGAGCGAGGCGCCAGCAGAGGCCGUGGCGCCGGAACUGGCCGCAUUGCAAUCGCUCAGCACGCAACUCAGUGAGCUGAGCAUCUCGAAGAAGAACAAGGGCAAGAUCACACUCAAGACACCGAAAGGCACACGCGACUGGGAGCCGCUAGCCAUGGCGCUUCGGAAGCAUGUGUUUGCGACCAUUGAGCGCGUAUUCACGACGCACGGUGCUGUGACGAUCGACACGCCGGUGUUUGAGCUGAAAGAGAUUCUUGCUGGAAAGUACGGCGAGGACAGCAAACUGAUCUAUGAUCUGCAAGACCAGGGCGGUGAACUGUGCAGUCUGCGGUACGAUCUAACGGUUCCGUUCGCACGUUUCGUGGCGAUGAACCCUACCGAGUACGGCAACAUCAAACGCUACCAUAUUGCGAAGGUGUACCGGCGGGACCAGCCGGCCAUGACCAAGGGCCGGUUUCGCGAGUUCUAUCAGUGUGAUUUUGAUAUUGCUGGCUCGUACGACGCGAUGGUCCCAGAUGCUGAGUGCUUGUGUGUGUUGGUCGAGACACUGGACGCAUUGGACAUUGGCAGCUUCACAGUCAAGGUGAAUCACCGCAAGAUUCUUGAUGCCAUCUUUGCUGUGUGCGGUGUGCCUGAAGACAAGAUUCGCACGAUCUCCAGUGCUGUGGAUAAACUCGACAAGAGUCCAUGGGCCGAUGUGAAGCAUGAAAUGGUCGAAGAAAAGGGUCUUGAAGAAAGUGUCGCCGACCAAAUUGGCACCUAUGUUCAGCAGCGUGGUGGUCGUGAGCUGAUUGCUAAGCUGCAAGGCGAUGCCGUCUUGACGCAGAAUGAGCGAGCUGUCGAAGGCCUGGCCGAGAUGGAACUUCUCUACCAGUAUCUAGACGUGUACGGCGUGACGGACCGCCUGUCAUUUGAUUUGAGUCUCGCACGAGGCCUUGACUACUACACGGGUGUGAUCUACGAGGCUGUGACCGCCCUCAGUGCCCCACCCAGCAUGACUGCCGCAUCAUCGGACAACAAGGAUGGGAGUGAGAAAACGAAGAAAAAGAACGUGGCCGCAGAGAACGGCGAGUUGGACGAAAGCACGGUCGGUGUGGGCUCUAUUGCUGCCGGUGGUCGCUAUGACCACCUCGUUGGCAUGUUUAGCGGCUCGAAGCGACCCGACGCCGUGCCGUGUGUCGGUGUCUCGAUCGGCGUCGAGCGAGUCUUUUCGAUUUUAAUGCAGCGCAUCCAAGAAAUGCAGGCUCGUGGUGAGCGUUCAUCUGUCCGUCAAAAAGAGGUCGAAGCGUUUGUACUGAGCAUGGGAGACGGCCUUCUGCUGGAGCGCAUGCGGGUUUGCAAGAUGCUAUGGGACGCAGGUAUCAAGGCGGAGUUCCUUCCAAAGAAGAAGCCCAAGUUGCAGCAGCAGUUUGCUGUUGUGGAUAAAGAGCAGAUUCCUUUUGCUGUCUUGCUCGCUCCUGGCGAAUGGGCAAACGGCACUGUGCGAGUCAAGCAGCAGAUCGGCAAGGGCGAGGCUGGCGAUGACAAAGGCACCGAAGUGCCUCUAACCGAACUCGCUUCGUUCAUUCGCAGCAAGCUAGCCACAUCUGCGUAG